AUGCCUCACAAACACAAGAGACGCGGCGAACCAAUUCAACCUUCCCCCGAAGAGAUCGCCAAAGCACUUCCAGUCCGCGACCCAUCCAAGCCAAAGACAACCAAUAACGGCAAGAAAGGCAAGGGAGGCAACAAGAACCAGAACCAGACGCAAAACCAAAACCAAAGCGCAAACAAAGCACCCACGCACCGUCGCAAGAAUGUCACCGAAGACGACACGCCGAAAGCCUUCGUCCGCCUAAUGCAAUUCCAAACAACGGGCAAGCGAGCGCCAUCCGGCCUUGAAACCGGCGAAAGCAACAAAAAGCGCAAGCGCGCCGAGAAAGAGAAAUCAGACUCGAACAAGAAGUCCGCGACAGAAGCCCCGCAACAAGCAAAAGCCGCGGAUAAGCAGUCACUUAAGAUUUUGCCUGGUGAGAGGCUGGCGGAGUUCUCAGCUCGUGUUGAUCGCGAAAUGCCAAUGUCGCAAAUGACUAAGACAACGAAGUCUGGUGAGGCGAAGGCGAAUGAGCAACGCAAGAGGACGAAGCAUGAGAAGCACCUGCGGAGACUGCAGAGUGGGUGGCGUGAGGAAGAGGCCAAGAUCAAGGAGCGGGAAGAGGAGCAGCGGGAAGAGCGGGAGGCGGAGAUGGAGGUUGAGUUGCAGCAGUGGAAGGAUUGGGAUAUUGAGGCUGGAGGGAAGGCUAAGAAGAGGGCUCUUGCUGCGAAGAAGAAUAAGAAGAUCAAGGGAGGGGAUGGGGAGGUUGAUAGCGGGGAUGAUGAUCCUGAUCCUUGGGCGAAGUUGAAGAAGAGGGAUCAAGAGAGGAAGAAGAAUCCGUUUGAGGUUGCGCCGGCGCCGCCUUCGUUGAUUAAGCCUAGGGAGAUCUUCAAGGUGCGUGGUGGGGCUAAGGUUGAUGUUGCCAAUGUGCCUUCUGCUGUUGGUAGUUUGAGGCGACGUGAGGAGUUGGCUGGUGAGCGCCGGAAUAUUGUCGAGGAAUACCGGAAGUUGAUGGCUGAGAAGCGGCAGUGA